CUACUAUAUCCCCUUCUUUAAGGCAAGUCUGGGGCCUGCUCCCAUCCCCCCAGCACCCAAAUUCCAUCAAAUACUUCCCCACACUUGAAAAAGAAAAAUAAUAGGAAAAAGAAGACAGCAAAGGAAGAAAGGAAAGGAAAGGGUAAAGGGAAGAGAUGACCUUAGAAGAAGAAAAGAAGUGAUUAAAGAAGGGAAGAGAACACACAUGGAAGCUCAGGAAGAGGAGAUAGUAAUGAUGAUGGUCAGUAGCAGAAGCAUCAACAGCAGCAGCAGCUGCCCAGUUCCAGCAGUUCAGGAGAAGAAUAUCCCAAUCUCAAACUCAUCAACCCCACCUCAUGAUCAAUUCAUCGCCUCCUCCAACUGGAAGCUCUACCAAAACCCUUUCUAUAACAAGCAGCCUCCCUACCACCAUCGGGGCAACAACACCAAGUUUCCUCGUCGUCCACACCUUCCUUUGUCGUCGUCUGCCAGGAAGAUCGCCGCGUCCUUCUGGGACCUGGCAUUCUUCAGGCCAACGUCGUUGAUGGAGCAGGCGGUGGGGAAAGGUGACGACGACGCGGCGGCUCAGGUCGAAGAGCUGAGGGCCGAGCUCGAGCGGGAGCGGUGGGCUCACAGGAAGCUCGAGUACCUCAACAAGAAGCUCGCGAAGGAGCUCGCCGAGGAGAGGCAGGGGAGGGAGGCGGUCGAGAGAGUGUGCGAGGAGCUCGCCAAGGAGAUCUCGUGCGAUAGGGAGAGCAUCGACCGGAUGAAGAAGGAGAUUGAGGAAGAGCGGAAGAUGCUGAGGAUGGCGGAGGUGUUGAGGGAGGAAAGGGUUCAGAUGAAGCUCGCCGAGGCGAAGAUCUUCCUCGAGGAGAAGAUGUCUCAGUUGGAGGAAACCAACAAGUGCUGCAAAGAAUUAGAUGAAGAUGAAGACGCCAAGAGAGCGAUAGCCACAACUGCGUCGGCCGCCUUGGCCUCCUCCAUGGUGGAUUUGCCGGAGAAGCCAAUGAGGCGGCUCGUGCUCGGGGAGAAACUGUCUAGUUCGAGAGAAGAAAAUGUCGCCAAUAGUAAUAGUGAUUGCAGUAAGUCGGGGACAGUGCUCCAUAGGAGGCUGUCGCCAUCGCCCGAGCCGGAGAACCCGCACAUAAAGAGAGGGAUCAAAGGGUUCGUGGAGUUCCCACGGGUGGUCCGGGCGAUCGGGUCGAAAGGCCGGAACUGGGGAGCGAAGAAGAUCGAGUGCCAGAAGGCCCAGAUCAGGAUCCUGCUCAAGCAGAGGAGCACCGUAAGAUCAACUAGUGACAGUCUCAUAUGGAGUUCAUCAUGAUUUGUUCAUUAAUUAUUGUAUGUUCCUAUUAUUAAUCCCCUUUUACAUGGAGUUUUGCUAUUGCCGGAAAAUUAAUUACACAAACAUUACUUAACUAAUUUUAUCUUCAUUUUUUUCUUUUUGUAUUUGUUGGGGUUAAUUAUUUUACUAGUCUUGCCGAAAAAAGAAAAUUUUGACUAGUCAAUUAACUGAAAGUAAAUUCUUCUGCCAA